AUUGCCUGUGAUUCCAUUAACGGUCAAAGCCAAAUGAAUAGAGCCUGCAGCAUAAGUUAUGAAUUAAUUUAUUGUUUGCAGAUGUACCACCGACUUUUCGAUGCCGGUAAGAAACGUGCAGCGCUGUCGCCGUCAGCUGAUUUGCAAAAUGCCAUGGAUUUGAGCAGCUACCUGGAGCGAGCCGGAAGAAAGUGA